AUGGCAACACAGGCGUACAUUACGGAAUUACAGGCAGCCCCGCAACAGUCACAGCCACCACAACAGCAGCAGCAGCAACAGUCGCAGCAACAGCCAGCAGCGACGGCGGCGACGGCGGCCCCCGUGACGGCGGCGGCAGCUCAGCAACAGUAUGUGGCCGAACUGCAAAGCGCUCAGCAGCAGCAACCGCCCGCCCCGAAACAGUAUGUCUCGGAAAUCCCGCCUCCCCAGGCACAGGCUCCGCCCACUGGACAGCAGACACCCGCCCCCGCCCCGCAGCAGUAUAUUGUUGUGACCGUCUCUGAAGGCUCCAUGCGGCCCAGCGAGACAGUGUCAGAGUCCAGCCCGGGCUCCACAGCCACACAAUCGGGGGUGCCGACACAGGUGGUCCAGCAAGUCCAAGCGACACAGCAGAGGCUCCUGGUCCAAGCCAGUGUGCAGGCCAAGGCGGGGACGGCCUCCCCUCUGCAGCUCACAGGUGUUCAAGUGCCCCAGCAGGUGAUGCCCCAGCAGCGGCUGGUGGUGCAGAGUACUUCGCAAGCUAGUAAAGGAGGAUCAGUCACCCUGGCUGUCCACGGCGUGCAGCAAGUCCACUCUUCACCUGAGCGCUCUCCUGUGCAGAACAACAGCUCUUCAGCCAAACCAGGACCAGUGCAGCAGCUCCAGGUCCACGGAGUCCAGCAAGUGCCUGUUGCUCAAGAGAGAUCCGUCGUGCAGACGGCCCCCUCGACCCCCAAAGCCGGCGCGGUGCAACAGCUCGCGGUUCAAGGACUUCAGCAGGUUCACGUCACUCAAGAGGUCCAGCAGCUCCAGCAGGUCCCCGUGCAGCACGUCUACCCCAACCAAGUGCAGUACGUGGAAGGAGGAGAUGCCAGCUACACGGCCAGUACCAUACGCUCCAACACCUACCCGUACACCGAGACCCCGCUCUACACGCAGAACGCGGGAGCCAGCUACUACGAGUCUCAGACCACCCCGACGCAGGUGCCCACUCCGCCGACCUCCCAGGCGGUGGCCACCAGUGGGUCGGUGCCCAUGUAUGUCUCCGGAGGGCAAAUCAUAGCCAACCCUAGCGGCGGUGGUACUGCCGCAGCCAGCGGAGGCGGAGGAGGCGGUGGCGGUGGCACCAGCGGCAGCAGCGGAGGGAGCAGCGGCAGCGGCAGCACAGGAACCUAUGUGAUCCAAGGGGGUUACAUGCUGGGCAGUUCAAGCCAGUCUUACUCACACACCACCCGUGCCUCCCCAGCAACGGUCCAGUGGCUCCUGGACAACUACGAGACGGCGGAAGGGGUGAGCCUCCCCCGGAGCACCUUGUACUGCCAUUACCUGCUGCACUGCCAGGAACAGAAGUUGGAACCGGUCAACGCCGCCUCCUUCGGCAAGCUGAUCCGCUCGGUGUUUAUGGGACUCCGCACCCGUCGGCUGGGCACCAGAGGGAACUCCAAGUACCACUACUAUGGGCUGCGCAUCAAAGCCAACUCCCCACUGCUCCGGCUCAUGGAGGACCAGCAGCACCUGGCCAUGAGGCAGCAGCCCUUUUCUCAGAAACAAAGCCUGCCUGACUUUGCGGAAUUGGACCUGCAGGGGAAGACCUUCCCGGAGGGCAUCGGGGCCGAGGACGUGAGAGCUUUCCAGUUGCUGUCAUAAGCGCAUUGCGAGGCCAUUGUUGACGUGAUGAUCAACCUUCAGUUCACGCUGGUGGAGACACUCUGGAAGACCUUCUGGAGGUACAACAUGAACCAGCCGAGCGAAGCCACCGCGAUCGUCAUCCACGACGAAGCGGAGAAGCGCCUCCCCAAGAGCUGCCUGGUGACCCUGUCCAAGUACGAGCCGGUCCUCAAGUGGACAAAGGACUGCGACAACUUGCUGUACCAGGGGCUGGUCGAGGUCCUGAUCCCAGACGUGCUCCGGCCCAUUCCGAGUGCCUUGACGCAAGCAAUCCGAAAUUUUGCAAAAAGUUUGGAGAGCUGGCUGACGAAUGCCAUGAUGAAUAUUCCGGAAGAGAUGGUCCGCGUGAAGGUGGCGGCAGCAAGUGCCUUUGCCCAGACCCUGAGGCGUUACACCUCCCUGAACCACCUUGCUCAGGCCGCCCGAGCCGUCUUACAGAACACGGCCCAGAUCAAUCAGAUGCUGAGCGAUCUCAACCGGGUCGAUUUUGCCAAUGUCCAGGAGCAGGCCUCGUGGGUGUGCCGGUGCGAGGACCGCGUGGUGCAGCGCCUCGAGCAGGACUUCAAGAUGACCCUGCAGCAGCAGAACUCCCUGGAGCAGUGGGCCGUGUGGCUGGACGGCGUGGUCAGCCAGGUCCUGAAGCCCUACCACGGCAGCCCCAGCUUCCCCAAAGCCGCCAAACUCUUCCUCCUCAAGUGGUCCUUCUACAGCUCCAUGGUAAUUCGGGAUCUGACCCUGCGAAGCGCCGCCAGUUUCGGCUCUUUCCAUCUCAUCCGCCUUCUUUACGACGAGUACAUGUACUACCUGAUAGAGCACCGUGUGGCUCAGGCCAAGGGCGAGACCCCGAUCGCGGUCAUGGGAGAGUUUGCAAACCUGACGAGCUCCUUGAACCCCUUGGACCCCGACAAAGACGAGGAGGAGGAAGAGGAAGAGGAGAGCGACGAAGAGAUGCCCCAGGAACUCUCGCUCAGCUCCGCCGAGUCCAGCAGCCUCACCGCCGAGCCCAUGGAGCCGCCUUCGAAGCUGGCGCGGACGGACUCGCGGGGCAUCUUCGUGCAGGCGCUGCCCUCCAGCUAGAGCAGCCGGGGAGGGGGGGAGACAGACUGAACCCGUGGCCAGCCAGAGGCCAGGAUGCACCUUGCGCCGCGCU